AGAACUUGGCAUUGGAUUGAGAGAUUCCACGGAGUGAAUAUAGUUUUCGCAGCACAAAAUGUCCAGUGAAAUUUUAAGUUUUUAUAAGGACAAGACGGUUUUUUUAACCGGAGGCACAGGAUUUCUGGGAAAAGUGAUUAUAGAAAAACUGUUGCGGUCGACAGAUGUGAAACGUAUAUAUAUCCUGUUGAGACCCAAGCGGGGUGAAAACGUGAAAGGACGUUUUGAGACAUGGAAGCAAGACCAGGUUUUUGAAGUUCUCCUCAAGAACAAGCCGCACGCCCUGGAGCAUGUGACUCCAAUUUCUGGGGACUGCUGUGCGCCGGACAUGGCCAUCAGCGAGGCGGAUCGAAGGAUAUUGAUAACGGAAGUGCAGGUGGUUAUGCAUGGAGCCGCUUCAGUUAGAUUCAUAGAACCACUGCAGCAGGCGUUGAACAUCAACACGAGGGCGGUGCGCCUUAUGGUUCAGCUGGCCAAGGAAAUGCGGCGCCUCGAGGCCUUCGUCCACGUCUCGACGGCAUUCUCCAACUGUGUGGUGUACCAAAUCCAAGAGCGUUUCUACCCGGAGAACCUCACCUGCCCCGUUGAUAAGGUCCUCGACCUGAGUGAGUCCCUCGGUGGGGAGAUGGUAGAGAAGAUUGCACCGGCCUUACUCGGAAAAUACCCAAACACAUACACCUACACUAAGGCCCUGGGGGAACAGGUGAUUCAGGAGGAGGCCAAGGAUCUGCCAGUCGGCAUUUUCCGACCAGCCAUUAUUACAUCCACUUUUAAAGAGCCUGUUCGUGGUUGGAUUGAUGGCUUACAAGGACUGAUUGCGAUGAUGUUUGGCAUUAAUUACGGGGUCAUCCACAUAGCACUUGUUAAUCUUAAAGUUAAUGUUCCCUUAGUUCCUGCUGACUAUUGUGUCAACGUGGCCAUCGCCACAGCUGUACAGAUAGCCAAGAUCUCCCAGCAAGACAAAAAGAGUGCAAUUCCUAUAUACGCCUUUUCAAGCUGCCAAUCGAAUACAGUGACCUUUGGAGACCUAUCGGAAAAAUGUUACCAAACUGGGCUGACCAAGCCGACUGAAAAGAUGAUUUGGUACCCAUUUAACCAUAACAUCGCUUGUCCGUAUAUUUAUGACAUCGGCACCUACUUCUAUCACUUUCUGCCCGGAUUUCUGAUGGACAUCGCGUUGCGACUGAAAGGUCAAAAGCCGAUGAUGGUAAAGAGGUAUAGAAAGAUCGACGAAGGAAUGAAAAGCUUGUUUCCCUUUACAAGGAGGAACUUUCUCAUGGAAACAAAUAAUACCGACCAGCUGUGGCAGUCAAUGUCGCCGGAGGAUAAGAAAAUGUUUCAUUUUGAUAUGUCGACACUAGACUGGAACGAAUAUACUACGAGCGUCAUGCUCGGGAUCAGGCUGUUCUUGUUUAAGGAUCUCCCGACACCAGAAUCUUUUGCUAAGGGCAAGAGAAUUUUAUCUAGGUUUUACGUAUUGGAUACAAUUCUUAAAUGUGUUAUAAUUCUUGUAGCCGGUGCAUUUGCUUGGUUUGUAUUUAACCUAGCAUUCAAUUAGGGCCCCUACUUCCUUAAACUACGAGGCAAAAGUGAUUUUUUUCCACUAUUAGAAAUAAGUUUCUUCUUGAUAUAUAAAUAUAUAUAUGUAAAUAUAUUUCGUGUACAAAUAAAAAUAUAUUUUUAUGUAACAGGGGAUCUGUAUCAAAAUCGGA